CCCCGGGUAAGAAGCGGUCGGGCCUGUUAUCCCUAUGAAGCGCCAAGCCUGUGAUGAACUGCUUAAAACUUCUGACACCUCGUAUGAAAACUGCACGUGCAGUCUGAUUAUAUUGCAGUACUGAGGCUUCUGUGCGGCCUUGCUGUGGGCGGGGAGCUGGUGUUGAAAGACCCCUACCCAGAUCCCAGAUUGAUAAAAGUCGGUAAGGCCAGGCAGAAAGCAAAGGGCAAGAAAGCGUGAGUCAACACCAACACCUGGUCGGGGUUCUGGGAAUUUAAGACCAUAAAAAUAGCCAGUUCCAGGAACCGAAACUAGGCGGUUUCAAGAUUGUGCCAAACAGAUAAGUUCAAAAUAAGUUUUUCGAGAACCAAGGGUUGCAAAAACAGGAAAACGAAAAGUCAUUCAGGCUCACCAACGUGGACCAAUCAGAGUCAUGUAACCCUGUUCCUUGCCUUAUUUGGACUGACCAAUCCCUAUCCCUGUAACCUUGCUGUCAGCUUCUGUAAGCCCGCUUCCGCGAUUUCCCCCCAUAAAAACCCCUAGGCAUCGAGCUCUGGGGCGCCACCUCCCUGCGAGGACUUGGACGCCCGGGUACCCGUAACUCGCAAUAAACCUCUUGCUGUUGCAGCCCUCGUGUGUCUCGUUGAUCUCUGGGGGUCUCCUCAGAUAGAAAGACAGCCCACCGCUUGGGGGUCUUUCAUCUGGGGGCUCGUCCGGGAUCGGAGACCCCCACCCAGGGACCACCGACCCACCGACGGGAGGUAAGCUGGCCAGCGAUCGCACUUGUCUGUGUCUUUGUUUUGGUGUUCUGCGCUUGCGUUUGCUUUGUUUUUGUACUAGUUAGCUAACUAGAUUUGUAUUGGGCGGCUCCGUGGAGGAGUUGACGAACUCAUACUCCCGACCGCAGCCCUGGGAGACGUCCCAGUGGUCUUUGGAGGCCACCCUGGCCCAUUUGUCCUCCGUAGCCUGGAAAAGAGUCAGUCCCUUUGGGGCUGCCCCGGUGACCGAGGGCUACGUGAUUUGUGAAGGAGACGAGAGAUCCGGACUCUCACGAACACAGUCUCCAUUUGAACUUUUCCUUUCGGUUUUCAACCGAAGCCGCGCUGCGAAAAUCUGUUUCACUUUUGUCUCCGUAGUUUUUGUGUUGUCUGUCCUAGGACUCUGUGUUUUUGAAAUAAUGGGUCAAUCUGUUACCACCCCCUUAAGUUUGACUUUACAGCAUUGGUCAGAGGUUCGGAAGAUCGCCAGUAAUCUGUCUCUCGAGGUCCACAAGCGACCUUGGAUCACGUAUUGCUCCUCAGAGUGGCCCACCUUUGACUUAAGUUGGCCCAGAGAUGGGUCCUUUAAUUCAAUUCUUAUUUUACAGGUCAAGGCACGGAUCAUGGUUCCCGGCCCACGCGGGCACCCAGACCAAGUUCCCUAUAUUCUUACUUGGGAAGCCUUAAUGUCUGACCCCCCUCCAUGGGUUAGGCCCUUUGUUUUAUUUCCCCCAACACACCCUCUUACACCCUCCGCUCCCCCUUCCCAUUCAUCCCUUUUCCCCGCCGUCACCAAGUCUCCCUUAACCGCAGAAGACCCUAAGGCAAAAGCCCCCAAGGUCCUGCCCCCUGGGGACGACCUCCUCCUGGACCUGAUGACUGAGGACUCUCGGUUACCUCAGCCCCCACCAUACCCGGCGGAAACUGGCUCUAGGGAGGACGUGCAGCGGCCCGAUCCUUCCCCUAUUGCCACUAGAACUAGGGUAAGGAGGGACGGUAAUUUACCCCCUGCGGAUUCCACUACCCAGGCUUUUCCCUUAAGAGCAGGGGCUACCGGACAACUUCAGUAUUGGCCUUUUUCCGCCUCAGACUUGUAUAACUGGAAGAACAACAAUCCUCCUUUCUCAAAAGACCCCGCCAUGCUAACUGCCUUAAUUGAGUCCAUACUUGUUACCCAUCAGCCUACCUGGGAUGAUUGUCAGCAACUGCUACAGGUUCUCCUGACUACUGAAGAGAGGCAGAGAGUCCUCCUGGAAGCUCGGAAAAAUGUUCGCGGGGCAGAUGGGCGGCCGACACAGCUGCCAAAUGAGAUUAAUGCUGCUUUUCCCUUAGAGAGACCAGACUGGGAUUUCACCACUGUGGAAGUUGAUACAGGAGCCCAACAUUCCGUCCUGAACCGUGACCCAGGACCUCUCAGCGACAAGUCGGCAUGGGUCCAGGGAGCCACCGGAGGACGGCGAUAUCGAUGGACUACUGAUCGAAGAGUCCACUUGGCUACCGGUAAGGUGACUCAUUCUUUUCUUCAUGUUCCGGACUGUCCAUACCCCCUAUUGGGAAGAGAUUUGCUCCAGAAAUUGAGAGCCCAAAUCCAUUUUGAGGAGUCUGGGGUGCGUGUAGUUGGCCCCAAAGAUCAACCUCUGCAGGUGUUAACUUUGAGUCUGGAAGAAGAAUACAGACUGUAUGAAAAUAAUAAAAGAAAAGAACUCCCCCUUAAUCUAGAAUGGCUAAAUGAUUUCCCUCAAGCAUGGGCAGAAACAGGAGGCAUGGGAUUGGCCAGACGACAAGCUCCACUGGUUAUAGCUUUAAGAGCAAAUACUACACCUGUCUCGAUUAAACAAUACCCAAUGUCACAGGAAGCAAGAAUAGGAAUUAAACCUCACAUAAAAAGGCUUCUGGACCAGGGGAUUUUAAAACCUUGCCAGUCCCCAUGGAACACCCCCCUGCUCCCCGUCAAAAAGCCUGGGACAGGAGACUAUAGACCGGUCCAAGACUUACGAGAAGUUAACAAGCGGGUAGAAGAUAUACAUCCCACGGUGCCCAACCCGUACAACCUGUUAAGCGGACUGUCACCAGCCUAUUGUUGGUAUACAGUUUUGGACUUGAAGGAUGCCUUCUUUUGCCUAAGGCUCCACCCAGACAGCCAGCCUAUUUUUGCCUUCGAAUGGAAAGAUCCUGAAUUGGGAAUUUCAGGGCAAUUGACCUGGACUAGACUCCCCCAGGGGUUUAAAAAUAGCCCUACCCUGUUUGAUGAGGCCCUACAUCGAGACCUGGCAGAUUUUCGGGUCCAGCAUCCCGCCUUGAUGCUACUCCAGUAUGUCGAUGAUUUGUUACUAGCCGCGACAUCUGAACGGGAAUGUAGGGAAGGAACCAGAGACUUACUACAUGCCCUCGGGACCCUAGGGUAUCGAGCCUCCGCUAAAAAGGCCCAGAUUUGCCAACAACAGGUGACAUACCUGGGCUAUUUAAUUAAAAAGGGAGAAAGGUGGCUGACGGAUGCAAGAAAAGAGACAGUCAUGAACAUACCCGAGCCCCAAAACUCCCGGCAGCUAAGGGAAUUUUUGGGAACCGCCGGGUUUUGCAGGCUGUGGAUACCAGGCUUUGCCGAAAUGGCCAGCCCCCUGUACCCCCUCACCAAACAGGGUACCAUGUUUGCCUGGGGAGAAGAACAACAGAAGGCCUUCCAGAACAUUAAAAAGGCUCUCCUAACAGCCCCAGCCCUAGGACUCCCAGACUUGACUAAGCCCUUCGAUUUGUAUGUAGCAGAGAGCAAAGGACAUGCGAAGGGAGUAUUAACUCAAAAAUUGGGGCCUUGGAGGCGGCCGGUGGCCUACCUCUCCAAGAAAUUGGACCCAGUGGCCUCAGGAUGGCCACCCUGUCUCAGGAUGGUGGCUGCCAUUGCCGUCCUGGUUAAGGACGCCAGCAAGUUGACUUUCGGGCAAUCCCUGACCAUUCUGGCCCCGCACGCAGUGGAGGCACUAAUUAGGCAGCCGCCAGAUCGCUGGCUGUCCAAUGCCCGAAUGACUCAUUAUCAAACUAUGCUCCUGGACACAGAUCGGGUCCGGUUUGGGCCCGUCAUGACCAUCAAUCCCGCCACGCUACUUCCCUCGGCGGAUGAGGAAGCAGUUCCCCAUGAUUGCCUUGAGAUUUUAGCAGAAGUGCACGGGACCCGCUCCGACCUGACUGACCAACCGCUCCAGGGCGCUGACUUUACUUGGUAUACUGAUGGGAGCAGCCUGGUGCUGAAUGGGGAACGGAAGGCGGGAGCAGCCGUAACCACCGAGACUGAGGUAAUCUGGGCAGAGACCCUUCCGCCAGGGACCUCAGCACAAAGGGCAGAGCUGAUUGCCCUCACCCAGGCACUCAAAAUGGCAAGCGGGAAAAGACUCAAUGUAUAUACAGAUAGCCGGUAUGCCUUUGCCACUGCCCACAUUCACGGGGAAAUAUAUAGUCGACGAGGGCUUUUGACUUCUGAAGGAAAGGAAGUUAAGAACAAAAGAGAAAUUUUGGCCCUGUUGCACGCAUUAUUCUUACCCCGUAAGCUCAGCAUCAUGCACUGCCCGGGACACCAAAAGGGAGACAGUCCUAUUGCCCGGGGCAACAGGAUGGCUGACGAGACAGCUCGAAGGGCAGCUGUGAUCUCGGUCCCUCCAUACCCCGUCUCCAACAAAGAGGCGCGGGCGCAGUGGCUCGAAUGGCAGAGUGCUAGCAUUGAACCCGAAGGCCAGACAAAGCCUAUAGCAAUGUGCCUUCAGUCUAAUGCAGGUCAGAAAGGAGCAGACUUAGGACCAUUUGUAUACCCUAAAAAAGAUGAAGAGCUCCUAACAAACCUAGGGGCCCGAAAAGACGACAAAAGAAAAAUAUGGAUCCUUGACAAUAAGACUGUAUUGCCCAGGAAUUUCGCCCAGCAAGUGAUCGAACAAGUACACCAGCUAACACACUUAAGCCCCAGAAAGAUAAAAGCCCUCCUUGAUCGAGACGAAAGAUUUGUUUAUUUUUUGGGCAAGGAAGACAUCUUGCAAAGAAUAUAUGACAGGUGCCGUGCAUGUGCCAUGGUAAAUGCUGGGAAGACAAAAUCGGGAUUAGGAAAUGUCCGAAUGAGAGGGCAUCGCCCUGGAGUCCAUUGGGAAGUUGACUUUACUGAAAUCAAACCUGGGCUUUACGGAUAUCAGUAUUUGCUGGUGUUUGUCGGUACUUUUUCCGGUUGGGUGGAAGCCUUCCCCACAAAGCAAGAAACUGCCAAAGUAGUCAGCAAGAAACUACUGGAAGAAAUUUUUCCCAGGUAUGGCAUGCCUAAAUUUCUGGGGUCGGACAAUGGGCCAGCCUUCGUCUCCCAGGUAAACCAGCAGGUGGCCAUGUUACUGGGGAUUAAUUGGAAGUUACAUUGUUCAUACAGACCCCAAAGUUCAGGGCAGGUAGAGAGAAUGAAUAGAACCAUUAAGGAGACUUUAACUAAAUUAACGCUUGCAGCUGGCUCAAAGGACUGGGUACUCCUACUCCCUCUUGCCCUUUACCGGGCUCGAAAUACCCCUGGACCCCACGGACUUACCCCCUUUGAAAUUCUCUACGGGGCACCCCCUCCCUGUGUUAGUUUCUAUAGUUCUGAUGUCUCCACUUUUGCUAACAGCCAAAAUCUUCAAGCCCACUUGCAGGCCUUACAGACCGUCCAGAGAGAGGUCUGGGAGCCACUCGCUGCCGCCUAUAAGGAACAGCUGGAGAGACCUGUGGUGCCACAUCAGUUCCAGAUCGGAGACUCGGUGUGGGUCCGGCGACAUCAGACCAAGAACUUGGAACCUCGCUGGAAAGGUAGACGGCAUAGCUGCUUGGAUUCACGCGUCUCACGUCAAACCUGCUUCUGCUGA